CCCACCUCCCUCCUCCGGUAUGAGGAGACAAAGGAGUCGGGAAGCUCUGCACGUGGGUCAGCGGGUCUCCUCCAAUCAGACUCUACACACCCUGACCCAAGACCCACCUCACUGGCUUUGCCGAUCGGUGCUAAAGGAUCGCGACUCGAGCCGGUCGGCCCACCACCACCACCGGUGCCUUUUUUUCCAGGAGGUCCCGUCAACAACUUCGGAGCUGUUGCUGUGGUGAUGGCCAGACAACUUCUGCCGCUGUUGCCGAUCGUGUUUUGCUGUUGCCUCGGACGCUGCCAGGCCUUGUGUGACGACUGUUCUGCUUACUGCUGUGACGGUGUGCCACCUUUCUGCUGCUCAUACUAUGCCUACAUCGGAAACGUGCUCUCGGGUACCGCAAUUGCUGGCAUCGUCUUUGGCAUUGUCUUCUUGAUGGGUGUCAUUGCAGGUGUGGCCAUCUGCAUCUGCAUGUGUAUGAAGAAUGGGCGUGGCUCCCGAGUGGGCGUGUUCAGGGGCAGGCCUAUGCAUAUCAGCACCAUCAGCAGCUACCCAGUGGCGCCGCCUCCAUACAGCUAUGAAUUUGAGAUGGACUCGCAGACUGACCUGCCGCCUCCUUACACGCCCACCCCUCCCAGGACGGUGCCGUUCCCUCCUCCCCCGCCGUAUCCCGGAUACUCCAGGAAGUGACCCGCCUCCCGUUGCACGUGUUCUUAAUGGUCGGUGACGCCAGAAUCGCCCCGCCCCCUCCAGUCUGAGGUGGAACGAGGACACAAGGACAGCGACGGCUGAUGAGACGCCUCGUCCGCCUCCACGCACUGCACUGCGCGAUCCGUUGCUGUUCUGAUUUCCUCCUGCAGACUCGCAGCUCUUGAUUGUCUCCAUCUGUGGAUGAUGUGUCCGUCUGGAAGCGGGGGUCUUCGGUAGUGGUGGACCUGCCAGUACCGUCUGACCAGUUCGAGACAGAGAGAGAGAGAGUGAAACGAGCAGCCUCAGCCCUCCGCACGGCCACUACGACGAGAAGCCAGCAGGGGGCGCUCUGGAGUUGGUGAAGCCUGUUGACGAGCUACAGAGCUGACAAAUGGAGGACUGGAAUUACUGGACGGAAUGCUCGGGAGAACCUGGAGCAAACGUUUUUUUUUUUUAUGCGGGAUCGUUUGAAAAUGUUUAUUUACUAUGCAAUAAGUUGUUUUUUUUAUUAUAUCUAAGUAUGCGUCUGUUUCAUGUGUUACCCAGAAGAGCGCCUUGUCUCAGUGCGCGGAUGUCACAAAA